UCUGCAACACCCGGUGUUUGAGUUGUGGGAUGGAGUUUCGUUGACAGACAGUAACGCUACGUGAAUUUUGUAUUUAGUGUGUCUGUCUACUAACGCAGUGAUAUCUAUCGGGAGUACUCACCCGAGUAACAUGGCAGAUAAUAUUAUCAUCAGGGUGCAAUCCCCAGAUGGGAUGAAGAAAAUUCCUUCUACCAAGAGGGAGACAGCUGCUGCUUUUUUAAAGAAGGUAGCCAAAGAGUUUGGGUUCAAUUCCAAUGGGUUUUCUGUUUACCUGAACCGCAACAAGACCGGAGAGAUCCUUUCCCAGAACAAAACUCUGAGCCUGCUUAAGAUCAAGCAUGGCGACAUGCUGUUUCUGUUCCCUUCAGGAUCUUCCUCCUCCUCUGGGGAGGUGAUGGACACUGCCACCCCACACUCGUCUUCAUCACUACCAUCCAUUUCAUCUUCCACAUCCUCUUCUUCGUCCUCCAUGAUCCCACGGUCCCUGUCAGCACCCCAGGUCCAGGAGGAUGAGAUUGAUCAGUAUCUGGCCAAGCAAGAUGGGAAGAUCUACAGGAACAGAGAUCCACAGCUAUGUCGCCAUGGUUCCCUUGGAAAAUGUGUGCACUGUGUACCGUUAGAGCCUUUUGACGAAGACUACCUGAAUCACCUCGACCCACCAGUGAAGCACAUGUCAUUCCACGCAUACCUUCGCAAGCUGACCGGCGGAGCUGACAAAGGGAAGUUUGCAGCUUUGGAGAACAUCAGCUGUAAGAUCAAGUCGGGCUGUGAGGGCCACCCUCCCUGGCCGGAGGGGAUCUGCACCAAGUGCCAGCCCAGUGCCAUCACGCUCAACAGACAGAAAUACAGACACGUGGACAACAUCAUGUUUGAGAACCACACCAUUGCAGACCGCUUCCUGGACUUCUGGAGGAAGACGGGCAGUCAGAGGAUGGGAUACUUGUAUGGCAGGUUCACCGAGCACAAAGACAUCCCUCUAGGCAUCAGAGCUGAGGUGGCUGCCAUCUACGAGCCGCCACAGAAUGCCACUCAGAACAGCCUGGAACUGGUGGACGAUCCCAAAGCUGCAGCUGUGGACGAGAUCGCUGCCAAACUGGGCCUCUGCAAGGUGGGCUGGAUCUUCACCGAUCUGCUCUCUGAGGACACGAGGAUAGGAACUGUCCGCUACACGAGAAACAAGGACUCGUACUACCUGAGCGCAGAGGAGUGCAUCACAGCCGGAUACUUCCAGAAUCAUCACUCAAAUCCUUGCAGACUCUCUCGAGACGGCCAUUUUGGCUCAAAAUUUGUGACCGUGUUGGCCACAGGUGGUCCAGAUAACCAGGUGCACUUUGAAGGAUAUCAGGUGUCCAAUCAGUGCAUGGCUUUGGUGAGAGACGAGUGCCUACUGCCCUGCAAAGAUGCUCCUGAGCUGGGCUUCGUGAAAGAGUCCAGCCCUGAGCAGUACGUACCAGACGUCUUCUACAAGGACAAAGACAAAUUUGGAAAUGAUGUCACAUUUCUAGCCCAGCCUCUCCCUGUGGAGUACCUCAUCAUAGAUAUCACUACCACUUUUCCAAAGGACCCCCAGUACACCUUCUGCUCCACACAACGUUUCCCCAUUGAGAACCGGGAUAUUCUGGGAGAGAUACAAAAUUUCCACAGUUUAGCGACGUACCUGUCCCAGUGCACCUCCACGGCAUUCCUGGACAUCGUGUCAGACUUCCACCUGCUCCUCUUCCUCGUCACCAACGAAGUCAUGCCUCUGAGAGACAGCAUCGGGUUGCUACUAGACGCAGUGAGGACUUCUAACGAGGAUCUGGCCCAGACCUGGAAGAACUCGGAGCAGUGGGCCACCAUCGAGCAGCUGUGCAGCACAGUUGGCGGGCAGCCCUCCAGCUCUCUGGGUUACGGGGCCAUGGGCGGCCCCUCGGUCCCCGCCUCCUCCUCAGCCAUGUGGUCCUGCCUCCACUGCACCUUCAUGAACCAGCCCGGCACAGAGCACUGUGAAAUGUGCAGCCUGCCCCGCAGUUAAAAACCCCGCCCGCCGCCCCUCCGCCCUGCCUCCGUGCCCCGUCCUGACCUUAUCCCACCCAACCCUCCUCUUAACUCGCCAAAUGACAUCACCGCACCAGGACCAGCUGCGAGAUUUGGACGCCCUUCGUGUUUUCUUUCGCAUCACUUCGAAGCCUCUGUCCUUCCCAUCCCGCAGGCCGCUGUGACGCGUGAAGGGGAUGCACUCGUUUACACCGAAUUCAAUGAGCAAGUCAAAGAAAAGCAGACUGGGGUUUUUUUUUGUAUCCCUCCUCACGGCGGCUCUUGUGAGUGGCGGGGUUCGUUAAGGUAAAGCACUUUUGGCUGAGGCCCCUUUCCCUCCAACCACAGCCCCCUGAAUAAUCACCUCCUCAAAUGAAUCCUGCUGUGACUCAGGACAACAGCAAAGACUCGAGUGUUUGGAUGUUCUCUCACAUCAGUGCCCCUCUCACUCUCACUACGUCUUCUGGAAAAUCUUGCUGUGUAUAAAUACAUUUGAGGAAAGAUACUGUUAUUUAAUUAAGCUUCUUCUUCUUUUUUUUUUUAUCUGAUUGUAGCGAUACCUUCAAAUUUUGAAUCUUCAGCAUGGAUUCUACUUCUAGUCAGGUGUUUAUAGGUCUUGGUCUCUUUGACGAGCCCCUUAAAGUACAAUCAUCGGUCAAAGCUCAGACCUGAAAACUCUUUAGAGCUCCAGAGUAAUUCCAGUUCAGUAGAGAGUUUCUAUUUUCAGUAUUAAAUAACUUUAAAAAUAAGUCCCGGAUUUGAAAAGGCAUACACGAAAAGCUCUUCACCCUGAACAUAUCCUCCACUGACUGCAGAAGUAACGAGUGCUGUUGGUGAUCACUAACUUCUGGACUCAUGUCCCACCAACUUAAAGUGGUUCCUAAAGAUCUUUUCGCGGGCUUGUGUGAAAAGUAGCUUUGGGAUUUGAUGGAUUGAACUUGAGCAGGCGCAAUAUGUAGCUUCUUUUAUCAGCCGUAUGUUCUGUUUCUGAUAAAACGCCCCAGGACGCCAUCCAUCGUCCUCGUCCCCGUUACUGACUCGCACUCUAUUAGCCGUAAGGUGCUUCUAGAAACGACUGGUGCUCGCCGCUCUCCUCUCCGUCACUCACUUCGUACCUGCGGUUGUUUUCUCGCUGGCGCCGCUCCACAGGAGUCAGACCGUAACCAAUGUUCCUCCUCUGAUGGGGCCCCUCCGGGUGUCUCCAUCACUCAGCCUUCAAAGACUUUGCUGCUCAGAGUGCAAAGGGGUCGCAGGUCAGCACGGGGACAAAGAGAUGCCCAACGUUUCGCUUGUCUCAUCCGUCUGUGCUGGAUGUCCUUGAAGCGAGUCUCGUCCGUGUUUGGUUUUAUUCUCUGUACUUUAAAGGCCUGAGCUGCUUCCAGCUGGAGGUUUGGGUGGUGUUCAUGUCGUUUCCUCAGUAGAGCUGCAGUUGUCGGUGGUGUAGAAGGAGCCGGGCCUGGAAACACCGUGAAAAGCACUUAAACUCCCCUCGAUAGCACUAAAAGGCAAACCACAUUUUCUCACUUACCACUAGUUGUAUUUAGUUUUGCAAAUAGUUGUUGCGUUUGAGGUCCACUGCGGUGUGAGGGGGGGUGAAUGGAAUUUCAUUGUGGUGCUAAUUGAAAUAUGACAUUUUAAGGUUUUCACAGGCUGAAAUCUCAGAAAGAAACCAGAGCAAAUAAAAACAGUUAAAAAACCUCCAUGUAUAGAUUCUGGUGGUGGUAGGUGGGGAAAUGUUUUUCUUUGAACUCAGCCUGAAACCUGUCACAGUCAGCGGCGAGCGCAUCAGGAUAGUUGAUCAAAACAGAUUCUUUUCAUUGAUGAGUUUCUUUCAUGAGAAUAUUGGGACCAACACUAAGCCAUCAGAGUUCAGUUCUGGUUGCACGUCAUUAACGUUAACAUCUGGCAGCAGAAUGUUUCUUUGAGCCGCUCCACCCAAAUGCUCAUAACAUUACUAACAUGCACCCACCCAGCAGAAUGACAGAUACUGUCCACAUGCAGCUGGGUGGUGUCUGAAUGAAGGGUUUUGGUGCCGUCACCUGUGGUCCAGAUGGAGAAAAGUCCACAUCUCAAAGCUUGUCAGCGUCUCUGAUGACGUGAACGGCCGGUGUAGUGUUGAAGCUGACAGACGGAUCACAUCUUGCAUGACUUGAAUGCAUUUGCCUUUUUCUAGUGCUCAUAUGAAGCUGGAGAAUUGACUAGAAAAUAAUCACAGAAAAGAAAAAGCUGCACAUUUCUCAUAUUUACACCUUUUGAACAACUGAUUUCUAGCGAAUCUCUUUUGGUCCACCUCUGAUACGUUUGCUGCUGACUGACUCAUCACCACUUCUCACGUUCAGUUUCUUUUCCCCCCUCGUAACUCUGCGCACUGUUACAUGAACUAGUUUUUUUGCUAAAGAUGUUCCAGCUGGCAGGAGAACGGAGCGAGUCACUAAAUCCUGCCGAGUUUCUUUGGGGUUGUUGACGGGGAAAUGGGCCUCUUCGGCUCAGAGGGCGAGUCGUGGCCUGCAGAUCUGCUAUUUAUGAGACGUGUGCUUCUUUGUAAGAGCUUGACAGUAAUUCCAUUGAUGAAGUGAGAAUAUAUUUUUAGUUGUAGAUGAAUUUGAAAAUGCUUGAAAAAAUUAAGUUUGUUUUUCUUCCUUUUCUCCGGUGAUAUCAUUCUUGCCCCCCCCCCCUCGUGUGAAUUCUCAAGAGCGAUUUAUCUGAUGUCAUGCUAACAGACAGCAGUGACCUUUUCCUUUUGUACUGAUCCAGGGGCCGUUUGCUGAGCAAGCAUGCUCUUGGAGUUGCAGCCGGUCCUCACUUUCCACUGAGCUAACUGAGGACCCUGAAAGUUGUAUGCUGUUGACCUGGAUUUGAAACAAAAUAAAAAAAAACAAA